GAUUGAGAAAAGACAUGUGCAGUAUCGCUGGAACUGUGGCACCGGUGUGGGAAUUGUCAGAGUAAGCCAUCAGACUGUCAAUGACGGCAAAUGGCAUUCGCUGAAAAUUUCAAGAAGAAGCAGACAUGUAAAACUAGUGCUUGAUGAGAUGUACGAAGCUGAGGGCGACAGUCCUGCGGGCAGUGAUGUUAUUAACCUUUAUCGAGACUCCAUGAGGCUUACUUUUGGUGCAGUGGUAUCACAGGCAGUGGGAGACGACAAUUUUGUAUCAGCAAAUGAUCUUAAACCAAACGUAACCAAAGGGAUGAUCGGCUGCUUUGGGUAA